CGCGCUUCAUCCGACGGGGAGCGGAGGACGGACGGCUCUCAGCGCUGCUCCUGGCCAACCUGCCGCCGUGGGACCGACUUCUUCCUGCAUCUCUAACUGAUCCACCGCCGACGCAGAGCAGGUGGCGCUGUGUUUACAGGCAAUGGCUCUCUCCCAGUGUCUGCUCCUGGCUUUCCUGCUUGCCACCCUGGCAGCGUCGUACAGCACCGAGCCUGAAACCAGUCAUGGCAAAAGGAGACAAGCGCAGACCUCAGCAGGUGGCAGCAAUGGCCUGCAAUACCCUGGGCAAGGUUUACACGGCAGGGACCGUGGAGGGCAUGGGAGCCAGGGGGCCCGCGUGGCCAAAGGCAGAGCUGGGCUUCUCUCCCACAGGCCCCUGCAUCCCUUGGCCAGGCCUGAAGAUGAUGGGAUUGGCCUGGAGGGUCUGAGCCCAGUGAGACUGGAAGCGGGCCCUGGCAAGGAAAGAGAUAGACUUCGCACCGGCAUCAGGAACCCGUCCCAGGUCCGGGGUAACCACCCUUUGAGGACACGCCAUGGGAGGGGGAAUGGACAUGGGAACGGACAUAGGCACCAUUUUGAACACAGGAGACACGGAAGUCGCCGUGACAAGAGCCGUUAUGGAAAAGGGUUUCAUAUGGAGCCGGAGCUGAGCUCUGUGCUGAAGGACAGGGAUCUGCUCGAUGAACUUCCCUUCUCCUCCUCCUCCUCCUCUGCCACCUCCCCCUCGCUCAGCAUGACCCCGCCUAGUGAACCCCCCUCCCCCAUUGCCGCCAAUGUUGGCUCCAGCCCCUCCUCGGUUACCACGGUGAUGAACGAGCAUCCCCCGACGCCGCCCCCAGCUUCCACCAAACCCCAGAAGUCUGGCCGAGGAAAGGGGCAGGGCGAGAUUAUGCCAACUUUGGACAUGACACUGUUUGACUGGACCGACUAUGAGGAUAUGAAACCUGUGGACUCCUGGCCAUCUUCCAGGAAGAAAGAUAAGAGGCGAAGUAAGAACCUCAGCAGCGGCAAUAUGACUGUGGAUGCUAAUGCAGUUGAACCAUGUGACCACCACCUGGACUGUCUCCCAGGGUCUUGUUGUGACCUGAGACAACACGAGUGUAAGCUUCACAACCGCGGCCUCAAUAACAAGUGCUACGAUGACUGCAUGUGCGAGGAAGGAUUUCGCUGCUAUGCUAAGUUCCACCGGAAAAGGCGCGUGACCAGGAGAAGGGGUCGCUGUGUGGUGCCAGAGUCGGUCAAUAGUGACCAAGGAGCCUUCAUAACUGUCUAGGGUGAGGUGGAUAAGGAACGGGAGAUGCUAAAGGAAGGAGAAUGGAAAACAUGAGACCAUGACAACUUUAUUACAGCAGACAGCACAGCCAAGACAUCAUGUGACACUGCUCAUGAACCGAGAACUGUACUUAAAGACGAUGGCUUCCUGGGUUGAACACAUUUUUUUUCACAUCUGUCCCACAGUGCAAAGCAUCAAAAUGUGAAACAUCCCGUUUCAUCAGGAUAGAUACAGACAGACAAACACUGACAGAUAGACAGACAGAUAUAUACAUACAUAUCAAAUAACAAAUUAAUACAUUGAUUAACUAAAAUGAGCAAAAAAAAUAGAUCAAUAAAUAAAUAGCAGGUGGGUAAGCAGGUAGCACUGUCUGCAUUGUGCAUUGUGGGACGGGCCUGGAGGACUGAAUGCUGUCAAUCCAGAGUGUCAUCAUCUUUGAUUGCAUUUUCCCUUCAUUUAGAAAACCAUACAGACACACACAAUUUGAUUUCCUGUACCUCUGCUUCAUCACAGAAUCACGUGUACAUGUGCUGAAAUAAAAAUUCAGAGCCUCUUUUCAACAUGUCAAUGUCCCGCAGAUGAUGGUCAAGAAAUACAUUGGCGAAACAUUUUUUAGUAGCUGUUCUGCAUUGAGUGUUUGGAGUACCAGAUGGAAAAAAAAAACACAAAAAAAGGUUUCCACCAUCAGGACAAUUCAUAGUGUCGGGGGAAUUUUCAGCCAUGGGAAAACUUCAAGUAAACCUCACUCAUCUGGUCCUUGAAGCAGGCUAAACAAAUGAUGAGAAUUAUUUGCAACUUACAAAUUGUCCCAGCUCUAGCAUACAGUACUGUAAAUAUAAAUGUGUUCUCUUUGACUGAUAAUGUCUUUUUUUUUCUUUUUUUAAUGAAAACACUGAUCUUUAAAGGUAUUCAUGGUAGUAGGAUAAACAGCGAUGCUUGUUUGACUUUCCUUUUAUAUGUCCUAAUAUGUUUAAUUUAUACUAUUCUUAAAUUGACUCUUUGACUAUAUAUUGUGUUUUUCAACUUCAUUUUUUCAUGAUUAAACAUCUA